CCAUGGAGACGGUACAUGAAGAAGGAGAUAGUGUGUUUGUGGUUAGUGAAUGUGUGUGUUUGCAGGGCAUACUCGUUCCACGUGAGCGCCGAGGGUCAAAUGCAGCCAGUGCCGUUUCCGCCGGACGCGCUGAUUGGUCCGGGCAUUCCACGGCACGCGCGCCAAAUCAACACCCUGUCUCAUGGCGAGGUGGUCUGCGCCGUCACCAUCUCCAACCCCACCAAGUACGUCUACACCGGCGGCAAGGGAUGCGUCAAGGUGUGGGACAUCAGUCAACCCGGCUCCAAGUCGCCUGUCUCGCAGCUCGACUGUCUGCAACGUGACAACUACAUUCGGUCGGUGAAGCUGUUGCCCGACGGCCGCACCCUGAUUGUUGGCGGCGAGGCAAGCAACCUGUCCAUCUGGGACCUGGCGUCGCCGACGCCCCGCAUCAAGGCCGAACUCACUUCGAGUGCCCCCGCCUGCUAUGCGCUGGCCAUCAGUCCUGACUCAAAGGUAUGCUUCAGCUGUUGUUCGGAUGGCAACAUAGCCGUGUGGGACCUGCAUAACCAGUCGCUUGUGCGACAGUUCCAAGGCCACACUGACGGUGCGUCAUGCAUUGACAUCAGCGCUGAUGGCACCAAGCUGUGGACGGGCGGCCUUGACAACACUGUGCGCUCCUGGGAUCUGAGGGAGGGCCGUCAGUUGCAGCAGCACGACUUCUCUUCACAGAUCUUCUCGCUGGGCUACUGUCCGACGGGCGAGUGGCUGGCGGUGGGCAUGGAGAAUAGCAAUGUGGAAGUGUUGCACGCGCACAAGCCUGACAAGUACCAGCUGCACCUGCACGAGUCGUGUGUGCUCUCUCUGCGAUUCGCCGCUUGUGGCAAGUGGUUUGUCUCCACCGGCAAGGACAACCUGCUCAACGCCUGGCGAACGCCCUAUGGUGCCAGCAUAUUCCAGUCGAAAGAGUCAUCAUCAGUUCUGAGCUGUGACAUCUCAGCUGACGACAAGUACAUUGUGACCGGAUCUGGAGACAAGAAAGCAACUGUCUACGAGGUCAUUUACUGACCACGCGGAAGCAAAUCUAAAAAACGAUCCGAGAAGUCAAACUACACUGCUUCCGCCACACAAAAACAACAUUAGCAACAGUAAUAAUUUGCAAAGCCCUAAGGACUGUGUUUCACAGCCACAGAACAGUGUUGGUACUUCUUAACAAAGGAUUGUGUUUCACAGCCACAUACCAGUGUUGGUACUUCUAAACAAUGGACUGUUUCACAUCCAUAUAAGAGUGUUGGUACUUCAAAACAAAGGACUGGGAUUCACAGCCAUAAAACAGUGUUGGUUCUUCUAAACAAAGGAUUGUGUUUCACAGCCAUAGAACAGUAUUGGUACUGUCUAAACAAAAGACUGUGUUUCACAGCCUUAAAAAAGUGAUGGUACUUUAUAAACAAAGGAUUGAGUUUCACAGUGUUGGUACUUUUCUAAACAAAGGACUGUUUUUCACAGCCAUAAAACAAUGUUGGUACUCACCAAACAAGCUAUUCAAAUCUAGUUGAGGCUUUGAACUCAUGAUUGUGUGUGUUGGUGCUUGGAGUGUACGGUAGACCAUGUUUAGCAGCCUUAGAGCAGUGUUGGUACUUUUCAAAUAAGUGAUGAAAUUUCUCAAAUUUAUUUAUAUGGAUAUCAGUGGCACAGUCAAGUUAUUUGUUAGUUUAUAAUAAUGAAACCAGUGGUACUGUUAUAAAAUUAAGCAACCAGUGAUAAUGGAACUCCUAAAAACAAUGUGUAAUUUUGUAAAAAAUGAAACUUACAAUAAUCGAACAAAUUCUAGAUUUGACAAGUGUAGCUUCAGUUAAUUUUGAAAAUAGCAUAAUAUUUCGGAAUCGAAUCUCAUGGUAGAUGAUAAAUAUGUAUGUACAGUAUAAAUUGCUUCACUCUACACUUGAUGUGAUUUUUUGUAAUAAUAUAUUGUUGAAGCUGGUAAUUUUGUAAUAAAAAGUUAUUCUGUAAAUUAUGCUUGAAA